AUGGAGGCUUUCCGUACAGUGUCUGCAGUGAGGCGGUCCCAUAUGCCGACCUCCUUCUUCCUCAAGGUAACACUGAAGACAAAGCAGCAGCAGCAGCCAGCAGCAGCAGCAACGAGGAGUGCAGCAGCAGCAGCAGCAGCAACUGAAAGUGCAGCAGCAUCGGUAACAAAGCGAGCUUCCGCAGCAGCAAAAGGAGCAGCGGCGGUAGCAGCAACAGCAGCAACUCUUACACGACUUUUCCCACGGAGGCGAAAUUCCACUUUGUCCGCUGCAGCAGCAGCAGCAGCAGCAGCAGCAAGUGCAGCACAACAUGAGCAGCAGCAGCCCCUCGCAGGAGCAGCCCUCAAAAAGCAGCAACAGCAGCGACAGCAGCAGCAACAGCAGCAGCAGCACCGCUCCAGCUCUGCGCACGGCUUGCGAGUGUCGAACUGCCACAGCCCCCAGCAGCAGCAGCAGCAGCAGCAGCAGCAGCAGCAGCAGCAGACCUCCGGAAUGAUCUCUUUGAAAAGCUGCAGGUCAAGUCUGUACUUUCUCCUCACGCCAGAGUGCUGCGCCAAACCCGUGAAGGAAAAUGAGUUGGAGGAACUCGAAAAAGAGCUGUCUUCCAGAGACAGAGCGCCUGCAGCAGCAGCAGCAGCAGCAGCAGCAGCAGCAGCAGCAGCAGAGGCUACAGGGCGCCCCGCCCAAGGCCUGCUGCCAGUCGCCACGCACGGCCAAAUGCAGAGCAGCAGCAGCAGCAGCAGCAGCAGCUCACGCAGCAGCAGAAGCAGCAAAGCCUCGCGAGAGCUGCUGUGGGAGCAGUCUCGGAAGCAUUGGCGGCUGAAGCAGCAGCAGCAGCAGCAGCAGCAGCAGCAGCAGCCACCAGCAGCACCAAGUCAAAGAGCAGCAGCAGCAGCAGCAAAGUUACCUGGGCUGCUCCAUCUGUAG